UGUCGACAUCCAAGGGCCUGGGCCUCCAUUGUUCGAAGCCUCACUUUGGUCCCCCCCCUCCGAUGCCUUACCUCAAGCUUCAAAUUUGACCUGCAAGAAGUUACACAAGGACAUUCAGACCUCAUCGACGGGGAGUCGAACACCAAGGGCAUGUCAGAGGGCACGCCGCUGGUGAUCACAUCGAGUGCGGCGCGAUCACCUCCGCACGACCCGGCUUGCCUCCGCCCACCAUGCUGAGGCUCCGGCCCCUCGUCCUGCGCGGCCUGCGCUGCCACUGUAACACUCCCCGCAUCCGCUUUCAGUCUACCCGCUCCGCCCCCUCCUUCGCCUCCUACUUCUUCAACAACGACCAGUGGCUGCACACCCCGCUCUCCGCCUCCACGCCCGCGACCUCGCCCCACGCCUCGGCCUUCCAGCCCGCCCCCGCCUCCGCAUACAAGCCCGCGCCCCCGCUCACCGCGGGCCGGCUUGCGACGAUCUAUGCCCAGCUAGCCAAGCGGCAGCUCACGGUGCUCAAUGUGCUCGCGACGAUGGCCGCGGUCGCGCUCUGCCCGCUCCCGAUCGCGGAUGCGAAUGCGCAGGCGCUCAUCUCGUUUUCGGAGGUGCUGCCCCCGAGUGCGGCGUCUGUAGCGACAUUGCUUGCUACUGCAGCAGGCACUGCACUCGCCUCUGCCUCCGCAAAUGCGCUCAACCAGCUCGUCGAGGUCCCCUUCGACGCCCAGAUGGCCCGCACGCGCAACCGCCCCCUCGUCCGACGCGCCCUCUCCCCCCUCCACGCCCUCCUCUUCGCCGCCAUCACCGGCACCGCCGGCACCCUCACCCUCCUCCUCUUCGUCAACCCGACCACCGCCGCGCUCGCCGCCGCCAACAUCGCCCUCUACGCCGGGCCUUACACCACCCUCAAGCGCCGCACCAUCUGGAACACCUGGAUCGGCGCCGUCGUCGGCGCGAUCCCGCCCCUCAUGGGCUGGACCGCGUGCGGGGGCGCGCUGUGGCCGACGAGCACGCAUCCCGCAAGCGUCUUCCUGCCGGAGUGGACGAGCGGGUGGUUAGCUGGCAUGGGCGGAAUGUGGGAGGGGUUGAAGGAGGGGCCGGUCAAGUUGGCGAGUUGGCUGCAGGUAGGGACGCUGAGGACACUGGGCCCCGACGCACUGGAUAAUCCGCUGGCGUGGGUGGGACUAUUCUCCUUCCUGUUCUGUUGGCAGUUCCCGCAUUUCAAUGCUUUCUCUUACGGCGUUCGCGCCUCGUACGCGCAAGCCGGCUACCGCAUGCUGGCCGUGCUAGACCCGCGCCGCAACGCGCGCGUCGGCAUCCGGCACCUCGCCCUCUUGACUGCCAGCACCACCCUCCUCGUCCCCGCCUCUGGGUUGACGUCUUGGUGGCUCGCGCUCACUGCCCUACCACCGGCACUGAUCUGGUGGCGUUCGGCGCUGCGAUGGUGGGGCAGGGGCCUGGGAAGUCUGGGAGGUGGAGGUGAGAAGGCGGCGAAGGAUACGUUCUGGCAUAGCUUAUGGUACAUGCCCGUCGUUCUCGCGCUCAUGAUGGUGCACAAGACGCGCGUCAGCGACUUGAAGCAGGAAGGCGAGGAUGAGCAGAAGGAGGAGGCUAUGGCGCAGGAAGCAUAAUCACCUGGCUAAUUCACCCUUCGAGCGUAUAUGACAGGAAGAGCGAGGUGAAAGCAGACUGACGUGCUGUAGGUAAAUAUUCACCACCACCACUACUAAUAAUAUUUUCCCUCCAUCCUUUGUCAGUGACAGGCUACCUCUUGGAUAACUAUUGAGAGGUCAUCCCCACUUCCUCUUUCCUCGCAAGUUACGA